AUAAGGCAAAAAUGAAACAAAGAGCACCAGAUCCCAUCGAUGGAACAACAUAACUCUGCAUCUCAAAUUUUGUCAUCAAUCAUCAUAUCACCCGCCUUCAGUCCACGCACAGUAACCAUGGCAAUGACACUGUCGCUAUGCUACCUCCUCCUCCUCGUCCUCGCCGGUGACGGCAGGGGCGAGGUCGCCGCGUUUGAGCUGGAGGAGGCCACCAUCGACUCGAUCCAUCGCGCCUUCGCGACCGGGGGGCUUACCUCCCGCGGUCUCGUCGAGCUCUACCUGCGCCGCAUCGCGUCCCUCGAUCCCACUCUCCACGCCAUCAUCGAGAUCGACCCGGACGGCGCGCUCGCCGCCGCCGACCGCGCCGACGCCGCUGCCCGGUCUAGCUCCGGCGUGCUCCCGCCGCUGCACGGCGUCCCUGUGCUGCUCAAGGACAACAUCGCCGCGGCAGGCGACGGUGGGGUGCUGAACGCUACGGCCGGGUCGCUCGCCAUGGUCGGGUCACGCCCCGCGCGCGACGCCGGCGUGGUCGAGCGGCUCAGGCGCGCCGGCGCGGUGCUGCUCGGCACCGCGAGCCUCAGCGAGUGGUGCAACUUCCGCGGCCCCGGCAUACCCGCCGGCUGGAGCCCCCGCGGCGGCCAGGGCAGGAACCCGUACGUGCCGUCGGCGACGACGUGCUCCUCCAGCAGCGGCUCAGCGAUUGCGGCGGCCUCGAACAUGGCGGCAGUGACGAUUGGGACCGAAACGGAUGGCUCCAUCAUGUGCCCUUCCAGCUACAACUCCGUCGUCGGGAUCAAGCCCACCGUGGGUCUCACCAGCCGGGCCGGCGUCAUCAUCAUUUCACAAAGGAUGGACACAAUUGGCCCCAUCACUAGGACAGUUUCAGAUGCUGUGCAUGUGUUGGAAGCAAUUGUUGGUUAUGACCCUCGAGAUGCAGAGGCAACUCGCAUGGGUUCACGAUAUAUACCAGAAGGUGGAUACAAGCAAUUUUUGACCAUACACGGGCUACGAGGGAAGAGGUUGGGAAUUCUUAGAAAGGAUUUCUUCCGUUUUCCCUCUGGUUCUGUCCAAGAACAGGUCUUCAGUGAUCAUUUUAGAACUAUGAGUAAAAUGGGUGCCAUCUUGGUAGACAACCUUGAGAUACCAAGCAUGAAUGUCAUUAAUGAUGCAAUGCAAAGUGGUGAGCGUGCUCUUAUGCUUGCUGAAUUCAAGCUAUCACUCAACUCCUACUUAUCUGAACUGGCCACUUCACCUGUUAGAUCAUUAUCAGACAUAAUUGAGUUUAACAAGAAGCACCCCAUUGAGGAAAGGAUGGCUGAAUUUGGACAAGAUUACCUUCUACAAUCUGAAGCAACCAAUGGCAUUGGUCCAACUGAGGAGCAUGCUAUUUUGAAUCUGAACAAACUGUGCAAAAGAGGCCUUGAGAAAAUAAUGCAAGAUAACCAAUUGGAUGCAAUUGUAGCCCCAGGUGCAUCUGCUCACAGCCUGCUUGCCAUUGGCGGUUAUCCGGCAAUAACUGUUCCGGCUGGGUAUGCUGCAAAUGGCGUCCCUUUUGCCAUCUGCUUCGGAGGGUUGAAAGGAUCGGAGCCGAAGCUUAUUGAGAUAUCAUAUUCAUUUGAGCAGGCAACGAGAGUAAGGAAACCUCCGUCAAUGCAGCAUUCUGUCAUUUGAAUGUAACUACGGAGAUGAAUCAUGUAAAAUUUUUUGGCAGUAUUUUUGUUUAACUUUGAGGAAACAUUUAUUUUUGUUUGUCAGUAUUUUUUGUUACUUUGAAUGUAACUUCGGAGAUGAAUCAUGUCAUUUGGGGAAACACGCAUGUAUUGAAUGCUAAAACACUUGUGAUGCAGUACCUUCAACAAAACUCUUUGAACUCAA